AGUCAUUGCCAGGCGAGCUAUCAGUAGUGUUGUAAACUUGAGACAAGAAACGAUUCUUUCCCAUUCGAUCGGGCGGUUGUGCUUUUGUUAGGACGAUAUAAUACGCAUAGAGCGCGAAAGCAAGAUGACCAUCAACGAGAAAACCCGGCUGUUGCCUAAGGAGUACCAGAAAUCUUACGUGAUUCCGAUUCCUCAGGAGGACCUCAACAACAAUACCAGCGAGAGCAUACUUCGAGAAUAUGACUCGUACGCUCUAACUAAGGAAGAACUAACCAAAUACAUUCAAGAUCCUUUCUGGAAUCGAGUUCGAUACAUAAGCUUCUCCCUCUAUUGGAUCUUGUGUCUGAUAGCGCUUCUGACGUCCUUUUACAUAGCCCUGGGUGCCCUAGACGGAGGAUUUUGUGACGGGGACAUUCCCGGGAACUCGGGUUAUCCGACGCUGAACAAUGGAACAGCAGUACCUCCGACGACAAACGAUUCGGCGGCAGUACCAGGAUCCGAUAACGGCGGUGUAGUACUACGAAUGAUGAAUCAACCGUCCUGAACCGCCCGAACGCCCAUUCGGUUAGCUCGAAUAAGCUGUGAUCAAAGUUAAACCUCACUUUUAUGUUAGAGACGACAACUUCCGACAACGGAUUACUAUCCAAACGAAGCGGAGAAAGUAUAACGCGCAACGACGCAACUAUUUAUUAUGACGAUGUUAGGACUAUAAGGACGCAUGAAUUCAUCUGUUUGUAAAUAGUCGAUUCGCAUUCUCAUUGAUAGGAUUAUUAGCUCAUCAUAUCUUGUGCACAUCCCUAUAGCUUAUCAGUGCUUGCUCAGAACUGGGAGGGAAACGAUUCCCCGACCCCUUAUCAGAUUACCGUUGCACAUGAAUAAGAUUCAAUCAUGCGAGCGGGUCUUGAUCUUGCUUGGCGGGCUGCUGAGAUCCGACCUUCGUCGCGUCCAGCCAACAAGUAUUGAACGCAACGCGGCUCGGUGACGUAUGCUCGUGCGAGCGAACGCAAAAGGAAAAACUGAUGUAAUAUCGAGCAGAAGUUGACUCAGAAUAUUCUAAUCUGAGACAUCGCCAUGAUUACGGGCGCAUCGUGUUUUGUCAUUGACAUUGUGAACUGAACGUGCAGUAAGUUACUGUGAAUAUUUUUAGAAAUAAUAAAUAAGUUUUGAAAAACAUCGAA